UUAGAUACUUUACUUCCGGGUUGCACAUGCGUUUACAGCAGGAUGUGUAGUAUCUCAGCAAAUUAACACAAUAUUCAAGGGGUUAGAACAAAUUACAGUGGUAAUAUGGGCAAAUUAAAUGUUGUAGUUUUGAGGUAUCUGUCCAGAGAUGACUUCCGUGUCCUCACAGCAGUUGAGAUGGGGAUGAAAAACCAUGAGGUAGUUCCAGUCAGCCUCAUAUCCUCCAUCGCCAGCCUGCGUCACGGAGGCUGCAACAAGAUCCUCAGAGAGCUCGUCAAGCACAAAAUAGUGGCCUACGAGCGUACUAAGAUGGUACAUGGCUACCGUCUGAACUAUGGGGGUUAUGACUACCUUGCUUUGAAGACGUUCUGCUCUAGAGAAAUACUCCUUUCUGUCGGGAACCAGAUGGGAGUUGGGAAAGAGUCAGAUAUCUACAUCGUGGCCAGUCCAGAGGGGGAGCAGUACGCGCUGAAGCUCCACAGGCUGGGGAGGACCUCCUUCAGGAACCUGAAGAACAAGAGAGACUACCACAAACACAGGAAGAACAUGUCCUGGCUUUACCUCUCACGCCUCUCGGCCAUGAAGGAGUACGCCUACAUGAAGGCCCUGUACGAACGAGGGUUUCCUGUCCCUAAGCCCAUUGACUAUAACAGACACGCUGUGGUUAUGGAGCUCAUCAAUGGAUACCCACUCUGUCAGGUGCGUGAGCUGGAAGACCCGUCCUCCAUGUACAAUGAUGUCAUGGAGCUGAUAGUGAAGCUGGCCAAUCAUGGCCUGAUCCACGGGGACUUCAAUGAGUUUAACCUGAUGCUGGACGACCACGAUCACGUGACCAUGAUCGACUUCCCCCAAAUGGUGUCUACCACACACUUCAAUGCAGAGUGGUAUUUUGACCGGGAUGUCAAAUGUAUACGAGAUUUCUUUGCCAAAAGAUACAAUUAUGAGAGUGAGCUGUACCCAACCUUCAAAGACAUCAGACGUUCCGUUUCUCUGGACGUUGAGAUCUCAGCCAGCGGCUUCACCAAAGACUUUGAGAGAGACGCAGCAUUGCUUGAUCCUAAAGGACCAGAUGGAGAGGAGGAGGAGGACGAGGGAGAGGAGGACGAAGGAGAGGAAGAGGAGGAUAUGGAGAAUACAAUGGACAUGGAGGAGUAUAGGCAUGCUAUAUUGGAACUGGAGGGGCUCAAAGUCAGUGACACAGAGAUACACACUGAGACAGGAAACAAGGAUGGAGAGAGAGACCCGGGGAGAGGGGGAGGAGAACAGAGAGAGACUGAUCCAGAGGCUGUGAUGGGUGGUCUUUGUGAAGAGAGGGAAAAGGAGGAAGAGGAUGUGUGUCCUGAGCUUGUCGACCUCUCCUCCUCCAACAGAGAAUUCAAACCUUUCAGAGACUCAGACAGCCUGCUUCAUGUGGUUGAGCACAGCAGGAGGAGGACGGACAGUGAGGCUACCGCCGGCAGUGUAGGCAGCUGCUCUACUAUACCACCGGAGGUGGUUCGUGCAAAGGUGCGGAGACAGCUUAGUAAGCAGCAGAAAGCAGCUCAGAGGAGACGACUGAUAAAGGGAGAAUCUAACCUGGUCACUGCAGAGAGGAGAGAGAAUCAGAGUAACAUCAAAUCUAGUCUGGAGACUGAUGGCUUCUGGGGCUGAGAGGGACGUACGUAAUGGAGUGCGAGUCAAGUGUGUGUGAGUACCUGGUCACGAGGACGACAGAACAUGAUGAGAACAUGAACCACAUUGGCGAUGAGAGGAAAGGGGCCCUGUUGGAAGAAGGCCUCUCUCCCAGCAACGAGCCCCCAGCGACAAGCCCCCAGCGUUGGGUCAUGUUUUGUAUCUACUGCAGUGUGAAUACUUUCAAUAAAGAUAACUUUAAUAUGA